AUGGCGCGCAUGAACUCGGAGAUUCGCAACGCCAUCCAAGAGUUCUUGGAUAAAGCAGAGAAAGGUAGCCUCGUGCAAAGUGUGAAUCGCUUGCACGACUUUCUCCUGGAGAAGAAGCUUGCCUGGAAACAAAGGAUCCAUGCGUCACUCAUCGGCUGCUCCGAAAGCAACCGGGACGGCCAGGGCGUGUCGGCAGCACACGUCCAGGAGCUUAUCUCGUCCAUUGGUGCAAUUGGCUUUAGCAGUUCAGAAGUCAAAGCAGUAGCUCUGGAGAUUCCUCUUGAUUCUCGUGGCGAUGCCUGUCGGUCCUUCAACCGCCGGUUGGUUGACGAAGCAUCUGGAAAGCUCGCGCCAAUCGAGCACUUGCGUUAUGCAAGCAUCGUAGGCUCUCACAGCAAUCAGGCUGCCAGGGCCUUUUUGGCCGGCGUCGCGCACAAGGAUGCCAAACUUUGCGUGGACGGCCGCCUCUCGCUUGAGAAGCUCAGAUCCCAUGACCCCUCAUGGGCGCAUGCCAUCCAAGAGGGAGUAGACUGGCUCAUCGUGAGUUGGGACGUAGCGGAAUGCUUUCCAAAAUAUGCAGGCCUGGCACAAGCCGCAGGAAAUGCGGCGGGGCAAAUUGCUGCUGUGGAACAUGAGUUGCAACUGGCGAAGAAGCUGAACCAUGCUAUCCAUGCCCACAUCCAGAGAACCGGGCAGACGAGUGUGUCGUACAGCGACGUCUCCCAAGAGAUCCUGCGGUCCAGACCGCCGAAUGCCUCCUCUCUCCCUGGCAUCUUCCAGUUCGUUCUCCGAUGCGGGGGCGGCGUGGCCCAGGACGCCUACAUGCAACAGUCCGAGAAGCACAUCGUUUCCCAUGGGAAUCCCACCAGGUCCCUUGGAUUUGACGUAUGGACAUCGCUGGCCAGCGAGUUGAAAGGCAAAGACCAGCACAUCGCAUUCCGCCAUAUGUUGCUGAAACUAGCCUUCUGUGGCCCUGAGCGCAUCCUGACGGUCUCCGAUGUGAAGAGGGCCCUGAGCAGCAAGGAGCUUCUCAACAAGGCUACGCAUGCUGAAAUGCUCCUGAAGCAAGUGGCUGGCCUGAUUCAGCCAGUUUGCAGCACCAACGUGGAGGUGUCCAAAUACGUGUCUGAGUUGGAGAUCCAGUUUGCAGCCGUGGUGCUGCAGAAGCGCAAGGUGACGAAGGCAGAAAGUUUGGAGGAAGCCUGCAACCAGUCUCUGCGUAUCUUCGAUUCCCAUGGGGUCUUGCUCAACAAUNNCAGGGUAACGGACCUUGGCUUCGAGGCGGGCCAGGACGUGGUGAGAAAGGCUGAUGGUGUGGUCGCGAAGAUAGACAAGAUCACCCCAGAUUUUGUUCAUCUCAUCUCGGCAGAGGACGGCGCCUUGGUUCGCGCUUCGGCUGAAGCCUUUGUGAACGGUAAGUGGAAGAAGCACCACCCCAAGGCGGAGCCUCAGGUUUUGGAAGGCUGGACUGCCUUCUCCCCAGGAAAUUCCCAGGAAAUCCUUUGUUCGGUCAUCAAGGGUGCAGUCUUCAAGGCUAUGUUGGACCAGUAUUACGAAUUCAAACACGAGGAUGCCAUCCAGGUCUUCUUGAAGCCUUCCAGGGAUGUCAAGGUUUGCAAAGGCUUCAAGUGCAACCAGCUCAGAUUGCCAUGCGCCACUUCUCGUUUGGAGAUCAA